AUGCGACACGAAGGCCGGGAAGCUGGGACGCAGCGAUGUGUGACGAAGAGAACAUUGACGGUGAUGAGGGUGAGAACCUGUUUCCUGACGACAGCGCGUCGCUGGCCACCCGGGACCCUUGGUCUUGGGUGCCGGAAGCAGGCCCCAGCUACUAUGAUGAGUUUUAUGGACAGAUGUCCAACAACAAAUGGAGAGCCAAGUGGUGGAACCCAGCCGCAGGCUUGCCUCAGCAGCCCGGGCGACGGGCCACCAUACAGGCAGAUAUUGCCCAAUUGGUUGCCAGCGGCCAGCCCAAGGAGGAAGUUUACCGCGCCAUCCGCGAAGCCUACGAUGUGA